UCCCUUCUCCGGGCGGCGUCAGCAGAAGAAAACGGGACAGAGGGGCAGAGCCAGGCCGACAGAGAGAUUGGUUUCCCCGGGUGAUUUUGCCCCAUCCGCCGACUACAGGUGUCAGGUGUCUCACAGGUGUCGGAAUGUCAAAGUCUUUCAGUGCCGAGGAGAUGGCGGAGAUAAAGGAGGCCUUUAACAAAGUGGAUGCGGAUGGCAAUGGGUACAUCUCCUCCACCGAACUUGGCAAUCUCUUCCGAGAGGUUGGCUGUCCUGUCCCGGGAUAUCAGCUCAGACAACUCCUCCAGAAGCUGGAUCUGAACAACGACAGCAAAAUUGAAUUAUCAGAGUUCGAGGCUCUCUUUAAGGAACUCAAGGACGACCGCAUAGCCCAGAGUUUCAGGAAAGCUCUCAACAAGAAAGAAGGCAUUGUAGCCAUCGGGGGCACCAGCGAGCUCUCAAGUGCAGGAACUCAACAUUCGAUCUCUGAGCAGGAGCGCUUCGCCUUUGCCAACUACCUCAACUCGGCUUUGGAGAAAGAUCCCGACUGUCAGCACGUUCUCCCCAUCAACCCCAACACCGAGGAUCUGUUUAAAGCUGUCGGAGAUGGCAUCAUGCUCUGUAAACUCAUCAACCUAUCUGUGCCUGACACCAUCGACGAGAGAACCAUCAACAAAAAGAAACUGACUCCUUUCACCAAACAGGAGAAUCUGAACUUGGCUCUGAAUUCUGCUUCAGCCAUCGGGUGCCAGGUCGUCAACAUCGGAGCUCAAGAUCUGAAGGAGGGGAAACCUCAUCUAGUGCUCGGGCUCCUCUGGCAGAUUAUCAAGAUAGGGCUGUUUGCCGAUAUCGAGCUGAGCCGCAAUGAAGCUAUUGCAGCGUUGCUAGAGGAAGGUGAGAGUCUGGAGGAACUGAUGAAGCUCAGUCCUGAAGAGCUGCUGCUCCGCUGGGUCAAUUUCCAUUUAAAGAAAGUCGGGAUGAAGAUAUCAAACUUUUCUGCUGAUGUUAAGGACUCCAAGGCCUACUUCCACCUGCUCGAGCAGAUCGCCCCAGAUGGCAGCAAAGAGGAUGUUCCCCAUGUUAACAUUGAAAUGAGCGGUCUAUAUGAGCAGGAUCUGGUAAAGAGAGCAGAGUGCAUGCUGCAGCAGGCCAACCGUCUGGGCUGCAGGCAGUUUGUCACUGCCACCGAUGUCGUGAGUGGAAACUCUAAGCUCAACAUGGCCUUCGUGGCGACCCUUUUCAACAAACACCCGGCUCUCACUAAACCAGAGAACCAAGAGUGGAUUGUGGAGAGUGAGACCAGGGAGGAGAGAACUUUCAGGAACUGGAUGAACUCUCUCGGCGUCUCUCCAAAUGUUCAUCAUAUCUAUGGUGAUCUGCAGAAUGCCAUAGUGAUUCUGCAACUUUAUGAAAAGAUUAUGGUUCCAGUGGAAUGGGACAAAGUCAAUCGCCCUCCAUUCAAAGCAGGAGGAGGCCACUUAAAAAAGAUUGAAAACUGUAACUACGCCGUGCAGCUGGGGAAGCAAAAAGCCGGGUUUUUCCUGGUGGGGAUUGGUGGACAGGACCUGUACGACGGAAACCCUACUCUAACCCUGGCACUGGUGUGGCAGCUGAUGAGGAGGUACACGUUAAAUGUCCUCAAAGACCUUGGACAUGGAGAAGUUGCUGGAGAUGAUGUGAUCAUUUCCUGGGUCAACAAGACUUUGUCUGGCGCUGGCAAGACUUCCUCUAUAAAAAGCUUCAAGGACAAAAUAAUCAGUAGCAGUCUGCCAGUUCUCGACCUGAUUGAUGCCAUCCAGCCGCAGAGUGUCAACUUUGAGCUGGUUAAAAAGGAAAAUCUGUCAGAGGAAGACAAACUGAACAAUGCCAAGUAUGCCGUCUCCAUGGCGAGGAAGAUUGGUGCCAAAGUCUACGCCCUGCCUGAAGACCUGGUAGAAGUCAACCCCAAAAUGGUGAUGACCAUCUUCGCCUGCCUGAUGGGGAGAGGGAUGAAGAAAGCUUAAAGGAGACACGCUUGCACCUAAAGACAAACAGACACACGUGUAGUGGGCAUAGAUGUACUGCGUUGUUGUUUUAUGUGGUUAUUCUGAGCUAACCAAAACAGAGUGAAUCCAAUCUGAGUGUAAACAGUAAAGUGCAGUAAAGUGGGACUUCUUUAACGGCUACAUGAUAUAAAGGUUGAGGUUUGGUUUGGGGCUUUUCUUUGGAUCUCAUUUUUACGAUCGUUUACGAGGUGAUCAUCGUCUGUGCUGCUCGCUGAGAUGAAUCUAAUAGAGCGCUGACUAUCACAGGGUCUGAGCCAUGCAUGCUAGGACUGUGCGAAGGGGAAACCUGUUAAGAAAAUAUGAAAUUGUGUCUUUAUGUUUGUCUUUAAGUUAUGACACGUGGCAAAUAUUCAAAAACAACUACUUCACAUCUCACAUAGAAGCACCUAAUGCUGCCUUUCCUCCAUUCCUGAACAUAUUUAACAUUUUCUCAGCUGCUUUUUCCUCUCAACUUCCCAUGUGUCAGUUAUUGUUCUCGAGCCAUAGUAAUCUUUCAUGUAUAUGACCAAAGCUGUGCUACAUUAUAGGCAGAUAAUAUAUUCACAGAAUAUAAAACUGAAACCUGUUUUAACCUUCAAUGUCUAUUAAAUGCUUUGACUAGGAUUUUUAACCCAGAACAGCACAUCUGUAGUGCUUUUUUCUAGCGCUUUGUCUUUAGACGGUCUGUUCCAGCAUAACACUUGAAUUCAGUAGCUCUGCUUUUGCUGCCAUGAUGACUGCAAUAAACAACCUCAAAGGUUUAGUCCCGGAUGAAUUUAAAGUCAUGCGAGCAAUACUUUCAAUGUGUUGUGUGCACAAUUACGUCUGUUAUGGUAAACAAUAAAAUCUUUUUUCAUAU